AUGAAAAUUACUAGUUUCUUGAUCCUAAUUGUCUGUCUGAUCACAGUCACAAAGCCCAAAGUCUACACUCGCUGUAAACUGGCAAAAAUCUUUACAAGAGCCGGUCUGGAUAAUUACCGGGGCUUCAGCCUUGGGAACUGGAUCUGCAUGGCAUACUAUGAGAGUCACUACAACACCACAGCACAAAAUGUCCUGGAUGAUGGGAGCACUGAUUAUGGAAUUUUCCAGAUUAACAGUUUUACAUGGUGCAGACAAGAAAAGGUACAAGAGAAGAACCACUGUCAUGUUGCCUGUGCAGCCCUGCUUACAGAUGAUCUCACAGAUGCAAUUAUCUGUGCCAAGAAGAUAGUAAAAGUGACAGAGGGGAUGAACUAUUGGCAGGGCUGGAAGAAACACUGUGAAGGCAAAGACCUGUCUGAAUGGGGAAAAGGAUGCAAUGUUUUUUAA